AUGAUACCAUCCAGAAACGUUCUUCUAAAAGUAGAGCGCGAGCUAGCCACAUUUCACCAGCUGAAGAGACUGAAAAGGAUUGAUAUUGAGACAAGGCGAAUACAAGAAAAUGGAGAAAGCACAUUUGAAGGAAAUAAGCCUUAUAAUAUAUACAAGGGUAAUAAAGUGUACCUCACAAGUAGCAAAAUAAAUAAGGGUAACGCACGAGGUAGUAAUUCUAAUGCGAAAGUAAAGAGGAAUAAUAAAUGGACAGAUAAUACAGCUAGUUACACAGAUAAAAUGAGCGUGAGAAAAAAUUACGCGAAUCAUGAUAACGAAGGAUACAAUAGCAAAAUUAUAUCAACUCAUUUUGAAUGUAUGAGUGAUAAUAAUUACUCAAUUAGUAGUUACAACCACUUGCUAAAUAGUCAUCUAAAUCGUGGUAAAAUUAAUUCAAACAGUGGUAGUGGUGGUAGUAUUGGUAGUGGCGGUAGUAUUGGUAGUGGCGGUAGUAUUGGUAGUGGCGGUAGUAUUGGUAGUGGCGGUAGUAUUGGUAGUGGCGGUAAUAUUGGUAGCAGUGGUAGUAGUAAUAACAACAUAUCACAUGGGAACACAAAUAAGAACUUGUAUAUACACAAAUUACAUGACUAUCUUGAUAUAUCACAGACAUCUGAAAAUGAAAAAAUAAAAAUAAAUAAAAUUUUAAACAAAUUGAGAAACGAAAAUUUAACCAUACAUUCUAUACUAGAUGUCUUAAAAAAUUUAUGUAACUUGCUGUUAAAAAGGACUUCACACAAUUUAAAUAAUUUAAUACCAAUUGAUUAUUUGAACACAAAGAAUUCAUUAAAAAGGUAUAAUAGCUAUUUUGAGGAAUAUUUUAUACAUAUAGAAAAUUAUAUACAAAACUAUAUUUGCUUUAUUAAUGAGCGAAACAUAUUUGAGUUGCUUAAAUGUAUGUACUACCUGAAUUAUGCACUAAGUCUAAACAUAAUGGAAAUGUUGUUGGAGAAAUUUUAUCUCCACAUGGAUAAACUUGAUAAUUUGAAAAUUAUUCAGAUUUAUUACAUGAUUCAGUCCUUUUACAAAAAUUUCUAUUUGAAGGAUGUAGACAAUUAUCUCACCUUAAUUGUUGAUGAUAAAUUGAGUAUGUCCUAUAACGAUGGAUCAACAAACGGAAAAAUGAGUAAUCUAACGGAUUUCAUACAGGGGAAGAAUAAGUACAGCUUUAGUGAUCUAUUUGAUGAGCCAUUUCCCAAAAUGGAUCUAAGAAGGAAUAACAUUGAAUUAUUUCCGGAUGAAGGCGAAAAAACUCUUAAUAAUUCUACACAUAAAGGAAACUCAUUAUGGAAUGAGAAUCUAAGGAACGAUUAUAAUAAUAGUCAAUUAACAAAUUUAGAAAACUGGAAUGAUGAUAAAACACAUCAAAGGGAGAAGGGUGAACACACCCUUUUUAAUAUACAUGAAAACAGAAAACAUGAAGAGACAGAUCAAAUUUUAACACCUACCAAAGAAUUUGAAGACCCCCCAAAAUAUAUAUAUUACUCUAUAUCAGAGAAAAGAAGAGACGAAUUAGAGAAUAACGAGAUUUUAAUAAUUUUUAAGUAUAUCCAAAAUUUUCAUCAUAAAAUGAAAUUUUUUUAUAAAGAUAAGAUAAUUAAUUUUUUGAAUAAAAAUCGAAACCAUUUUUCAAUCGAUACUUUGUUAUGUAUAUUGAAUAUUUACCAAAAUGGUCCUAACGAAAUGGCUACCAGAAAUUUGGCAUACAUUUUACACGAUCGAUUAGAUCACAUGAAUGAAGAUCAUAUGAUACAGUUAACUGAUUAUUUGAAGAGAUCGAAAAAUGUAGAAAAUAUCAUCCUAUAUGAUAAAAGAGACGACAACAACAAUAAUGGGAUGACACUAAUAGGAAAAAUACUCCAGAAGAUAAAAAACAAUAAGGAAUUAAUAGUUCCAAAUAAUCUUGCUGUUAUAUAUUUAAAUAUGCAUGAACUUAUGAACAGACUAGAGUCUUCCUUAGUUCAUGUUAUCGAAGGGAAAGAUACUGCUUUCCUCACCCAUGCUCCAAGAAAUCCUAAAGAAGACACAACUUACGGAUAUCAUGAAACCAAAUGUGAAGGAAUUUCUUCCAGUUCGUUUUCCAAGGAGGGAGAAGGAGAAAAUUCAAAUUUGUUGAAUAAUAUUCCCAUGGACAAUGAUAAAAUAACGGGAGAGAAAAAAAAAAAAAAAAAAUCUAUAGCGUCAUCAAAUGAACAAAUGGAAAAAACCAAACUUACACAUGAAAUAAUUAAGUUUUGCGAUAAUUAUGUAAACAGCAUUUCGAACUUUUCAUCAAUUUUGAAUUUGUACUUAUUUUACAUUAAGAAUGAUACGAUAAAACAUAAAACAAUACAAAUAUUUGAAAAAAAAAUUAAAAUGAAUAAAAAUAAAUUAACUCAAGAAAAUAUUUCGAAUAUAAUUUUAUCCUUAAGCAUAUAUCCUUACCAUACAACCCAAAUGUUUACAUAUUUAGAAAAUGUAAUAAAUGAAAAAUUAAUGAAUGUAAAAAACAAUUUCAGUGAUGAAUAUGAAGAUGGAUGUGUGAUGAAUGAAAAGGAAAAUGUAGAGGAAAAUUCCAUACAUAUAGACACGAAUUAUUUAAUUGAUAUAUCCCUAGCAUUCGGAAUUAGUGGACGAAAAAAUUUAAAUUUAUGGAAUCUUGUAGAUGUCCACAAAAUUAUACUUACAUGUAACAAAAAGUUGCUGUUAUACCUAUCAUAUAGUUUUUUACUGACAAAUUAUUUUUGUUCUUUGUCAUGGUUUUUUAUAAUAAAAAGGAUUGUAGAAGAUGUAAAGGCCUUCAAUAAGAAACAAUAUGAAUUAUUAUACGAAAUAUUAAAAUGUUCUGUUUUGUUUAAUUAUAUUGACUUGAAUAAUUUUACAAAUAACAAUUAUCCUACGUAUGUAAAUCGAUGGAGACGAGGACAACCCGUGGAUGGAAAUUACAACAGGAGUUAUUUUGAUAACAACAAGCAUAAUGAAAAUAACUAUUUUCUUAAAACGUUUCAUUAUCUCUUAAAUACAUCUUAUUUUCAUUACAAGAUGAAAUUAAUAAAUAAUCAGCACAAUACAAAUGUACCGUAUGAAGAUGUUUUUAAUUAUUUAAAAUUAAAAUAUGAAAAAAAUGUCGAAUUUAAAAACUUAUAUAUAAUACCAUAUUUGCUAACUGAUUACAAUGUAAUUAUUGACCCAUUACCAACAACUCCUAUUCAUAAAUCAACUGGAUAUGUCAUGGGUGAAAUACAACUAAAACAUAAGGUCUUUCAAUGUGAUAAUUACAUCGUAUUGUCCUUUUAUGAUGGUAUGUGGGAUGAAUUUAUAAAAACCCCUAUUAAUGGAAACCAAAAUAACUAUGAUAUAAAAGCCCUAGCUGAGCACUUCAAAACAUACACAGAAUCGCAUAUCAAAAUAAAGAUUAACAGAUCAUCCCUUGUUCGCUUAAGUGAUGGAACCUCAACCAACAAUACGAUUCUUCCACUGGUGCAUGUGGAAACAGAGCGAUCAAGCCCCCAGACUCUAAAUUAUCUCAAGUACAGGAAAAAGGACUUACCACAAGAACAGCCGAUUAAGUAUUUAACUAAUAAGUCAAACAAUAUCAAGAAGAAUCAAGACCACAACAAAUACUUAAAAAUUAAAACCAAAAUGGGCAUACGAGCACCUUGA